AUGUGGGCAGGCAAGCUCCCAUGCGUGGAUAUUAAAUCUGACGGGGAUUGCCUCUACGUGAAUGAUGUUAAGCACGUCAAGAAAAUUUAUAAGGUCUAUAGUGACGACGCGCUAAUCAAGGUUCAGACCAAGCUCGGUAAGGAGAAACUUGGGCUCUGCUCUCUCGAAGAGCUGCGGCGGAUGCCAGGAGUGAAGACAGCUGUUGCAAUGGGCGGAAUAAAUAUUCCCCCGGAUUUUGAAGCCUCAAUCUGGCCCUACGAAACUUAUAGCCGAGAGGCUAUCAAUGACUCCACAGCUGUUGACCAGGUCGAAAUUUAUGAAGGUAUUGAACACGUCAAAGGGAGUUACUUUGUUUGGGCCGUGAUCUCCAGAGGUGGAAAACGUGUUAAGGUGAUUUUCAAAAGCAUACACGAGUACCUCCUAUGUGAACAGGCGUUAGCCGUUAUCCCGAAUCGCGACCGGGACACGUUCGAACAAUACCGAAAGAUGGAGGAGAGCGGACCCCGGCAGCCGCCAAGAGUGAAGGCCAGUGAGAGCUACAACGACUGGAGCCUCGAUUGA